AUGCCAGAUUCGGCCUGUGAAGGCUGGCAAGAGCUGCAAACCACCGCUCGCCGCCAGUGCCCCAAGCUCUUCUACUCCUUCUCCACCAAGGAACAGUCGCUCACGCUGCUGCUCACCGACCUGAUCUCCAUCUGGGAAUGCUCGCUGGAUCGAUACGACAUCUUGGCGGCCGCGGCACGGCAACAGACCAGCAUCGACCCGUCCGUCUCGGUGGACCAGUUCGAAGUCUUGCUCUCCAAAAUCCGCAAGAGCCUGAGAGACGGCGAAAGCAACAUCAUCCGCGAUGGCCGUGGGAACUCGCAGACGCUGCUGCUGCGGACGAGGAUCGAUCUCCCUCGCCCGCUUCGACCCCUCGAGUGGACCUUCACCCUCGAACCCCAGAGAGCGUCGGAGUUGGCAGAACGCAUUCUUCGCCCCAGCCUGCAUGAAGUCUUCGUCUCCCAGAACAAGAUCAACUCCUUGCUCGGCAUCAUCAAGGAGAAGGAUCACAUCAUCUCGCGCCUGCUCGACCGAGUUGGCAACUCGGCCGUGGACUUGAGUUUGGUGUUCCCCGGCAUUGCCGGCUUUGCUUCGCGCAAGGGUGGCCAUGUCUCGGCUGCGGACGCCAAAAAGCAUGUUCCCGGAAUGGCGAGUUUCGACGAGAAAUCAUGGACGAGGCAAUUUGCCAAUGAUGAGGGUUAUGAGGGAGCAGACCGGACAGGGCUGAGCAAUCUCGUCCGGGGCUGUGAGAAAUGCUUCGCCCACAGUAAAGCUGAGCAUGAAAGCUGGGUCAAAGAUCUUCCGUCGACGGAAAAACCGCACCGAAACGAUGCCGGCAAGAGCCGAAUCGGGUCGCCGCCGUCAAUGGAUGCUACACAGAAGAAGCCGGAUCUAGAUCGCGAGUCAACGGAUGACGAAUUCGAGCGUCAAGCGACUCCACCACACCUGAAAUUCAAAGGUACGAAAACGGCGACACAUGGAACAACAGAGGACGAGGAGACGGGAGGAGCAGAUGAGCCCGUCCCUAAACGAUCAGAACUCUCUACCAUCGGUGGGUUAGGUAGACGAAAUGCUACGAAAGCCUUUGGCGCCUCAAAGCGCUCGCCAGAUCCAGUCCUUGCCGCCAAAAAUAAAUCCCUCGCACGUCGUCGAGUUUCCACGACCUCGACAGAGACUGCGACGGCUUCGGAGGACGACGAUGUCGCUGGCGAAGUACCCGAAACACGAGCCGCACCACAGACUCGGAGCGGCCACCCGGCGCCAAAAUCCAAACUCGGCGUGCUGCGAUCAAGAAAAGUAUCUCCAUCACCUUCACCCUCGCAAUCAAGGUCAUCCACCUCUUCCGCAAGGAGAGCAUCCAAUGAGGGCCCACCUUCCCGCAAUCCACGUGUCGCCGCCGGUCUUUCCAAGACACCUGAGAACGAGGAAGACCAAGCUGAAGCCGAGGAAGGAAAUGACGAUUUGAACGACCUAUCGUCCACCGCAUCACCAUCCCCAUCUCCACCUCCACGUCCAGCAAGGCCUUCAACACCUGCCCAUGGAAAGAGCCGUCUAGGCCGCCUGGCAGGGAAGAGACAAGUCGCAAGGCCAUCGUCACGAAGCACCUCGCCUUCGCCAGGGGAGGCGUCCAAGGGCGACGAGAUCCCGGAAACGCAAACCCCGACAAAAAGAAAGGUCGGUCGGCUAGGCGGGCUCCGGAAAAAGGAACUAGAGGCAACAUCAACAGCAACAGCAUCGCCCAAACGAGGGCACAAACCCCGUGUCCCGAUCAAGGAGGAGGACCACGACGACUCAGACGACGUAACGGAUACUCCCUCCCCCUCCCCCUCUAUUAUAUGGCAUGCAUGUGUCCAAUCUGUGUAG